AUGGCCGACUUGAAUGAGAUGCGCUUGCAACAAAAAUCUAGGAGCGAUCGAAGACGCAUAAACGAAAACGGGUCACGUACUCACAACUGUCCCUUAAAAUUCAGAUAUCAAUGGCUGGAUUUGGCUUAUGAAGCUUCGACUAAACGGCAACACAACCACGAUAUAGCUACGUCUGUUAUGUUGAACUCAAAUCUUGUACUCCAAGCCGACGUACGUCUUAUAGAACGUCGUGGUCGCGAUGAAGCGACCGGAGAGGUCCUAUCUCUGUCUGGAAAGUUGGGUGGCACCAAGAUGGGGGAUAGGGCUCAACGGACAAAACCUGACAAAGCCGAGGAGAGGAAAGCUAAACGUCAGAAACGUGAUGAAGCUACAUAUGAGUUGACCAAAUCUAAAUCCCGAGCUGCCUGGGCUGAUGAAACUCCCGGAGCCUUGUAUCGACCGAGAGCUCAACACACUCGACAUGCUUACGAGCUGUUGUUAGCGUUCAUGCAAAGCGCUUUGGGCGACCAGCCGAGGGAUGUUCUGUGUGGAGCUUGCGAUGAGGUGUUGGUGGUUUUGAAAAACGAUAAGAUGAAGGACCUGGAAAGGAAAAAAGAGAUCGAGCUACUCCUCGGACCAAUAGCAGAUGAGAGAUUCGCUUUAUUAGUUAAUUUAGGCAAAAAAAUCACUGACUUCACAAUAAGUACAUCCACAGAAGGUAAUACAGAGAUCGAUGAGACAUACGGCAUUAAUGUACAGUUUGAAGAAUCUGAGGAAGAAGAUGACGAAGAUGCUUAUGGAGAGGUCCGUGACGAAGAGAGGGAGGAGGGGGAUGCUUCAGAGGCGGAGGGGGGGGAGAGUUCCGGUGAAGAAAGUGGAGGGGAGAAGAAGAACGCCAUACACGCUAAUCUGUCAGAGGAAGCGUCAAGCAAGCGUCGGGACGCCGUUCUUCAUGCGAUGGAUAUAGACGCCUACUGGCUCCAGCGGAGACUGUCCAGGCAUUUUCCAGAUGCUAUGCUAUCACAGGCGAAGUCCUCCGAAGUGCUGCAAGCUCUGGCAGAUGCCGCUGAUGAAAGGGACUUGGAGAAUAGGCUAGUGCUGCUGUUGGGUUAUGACUGCUUCGACCUGGUGAAGACACUCAAUAAAUACAGAUAUACAGUUCUAUACUGCACGAAGCUAGCGUCGUCCCAGUCUGAGAGCGAGAGGGCCGCUAUACGCGAGGAGAUGGCAAUGAAACCUCAUCUACAGAAGAUUCUGGCACAGCUGGACACGGGGAAAGGGGAGGAUGAGAGCAUGGUGCAGUCCGAGCAGCCUCGCAAGCGUUCCAGGUCAGCGCUGGAGGGAGGCUGGGCGGGCAGCGUGGCGGGGAACAGGAAGCAGCUGCACCUGGAAGACCUGGUGUUUACAGCUGGGGCUCACUUCAUGGCCAACAAGAGGUGCCAGCUACCACCUGGAUCGUUCAGGAAGCAGCGGAAAGGUUAUGAAGAAGUUCACGUACCCGCGUUGAAACCGAAACCGUUUGAAGAGAACGAGGUUUUGAUACCCAUAGAGAAGCUGCCCAAGUAUGUACAACCUGCCUUCGAGGGGUUUAAGACGCUCAACAGAAUACAGAGUCGCAUCUCCACAGCGGCGUUAGAAUCAGAUGACAACCUAUUAGUGUGCGCGCCCACGGGUGCCGGUAAGACGAACGUGGCGCUGCUGUGUAUACUGAGGGCGUUGGGGAAGCAUGUUAACCACGACGGGACUGUCAACGUGGGCGACUUCAAGGUGGUGUACGUGGCGCCCAUGAGGUCACUCGUGCAGGAAAUGGUGGGUAACUUCAGCAAGCGGCUAUCAGCUUACAACAUGAAGGUGUCAGAAUUGACCGGAGACCACCAGCUGACGAGGGAACAAAUAGACGACACACAACUCAUAGUGUGUACUCCUGAGAAAUGGGACAUAGUUACUAGGAAAGGUGGCGAGCGUUCCUUCACCAACCUGGUCCGCCUCAUCAUCAUAGAUGAGAUACAUCUGUUGCACGACGAGCGGGGACCCGUACUAGAAGCUUUAGUCGCCCGCACGCUCCGGACCGUGGAACACACGCAGGAAGAGGUCCGCCUCGUCGGUCUGUCCGCUACGUUACCCAACUACACGGACGUCGCAGCCUUCCUACGAGUCAAACCUGAGAAAGGACUGUUCUACUUCGACAACUCCUUUAGGCCUGUAGCCCUGGAGCAGCAGUACAUCGGUGUGACGGAGAAGAAGGCGCUCAAGAGGUUCCAGGUCAUGAACGAUAUCGUUUAUGAGAAGGCCAUGGAACAUGCUGGGAAGAAUCAGAUAUUGGUGUUCGUUCACUCCAGGAAAGAAACGGGGAAAACGGCGAGAGCUGUUCGAGACACUUGCUUAGAGAAAGACACGCUUGGACAUUUUCUUAGAGAGGGUUCAGCCAGCGUGGAGGUUCUUCGUACAGAAGCCGAGCAAGUCAAGAACCCCGAACUUCGCGAGCUGCUGCCGUACGGGUUCGCGAUCCACCACGCGGGGAUGAGCAGGGUGGAUAGGACACUGGUGGAGGAUUUGUUCGCUGACAGACAUAUACAGGUGUUAGUAUCAACGGCGACCCUCGCGUGGGGCGUGAACCUGCCAGCUCACACGGUCAUAGUGAAGGGCACCCAGGUGUACAGUCCUGAGAAGGGGCGCUGGAGCGAGCUGGGCGCGCUCGACGUGCUGCAGAUGCUGGGGAGGGCGGGCCGGCCGCAGUACGACACUAAGGGAGAAGGCAUCCUCAUAACAAACCAUUCGGAGCUACAAUACUACUUGUCGCUAUUAAACCAACAACUGCCGAUCGAGUCUCAGCUGGUGUCCAAGCUACCGGACAUGCUGAACGCUGAGAUAGUGCUGGGUUCAGUGCAGAGCGUGAGGGAUGCUGUCACGUGGCUGGGCUACACGUACCUGUACGUGCGCAUGCUCCGCCAGCCCGCUCUGUACGGUGUGACUGAGGACCGGCUGAAGGACGACGCGUUACUGGAGCUACACCGGGCCGACCUCGUUCACACCGCCGCCUCGCUGCUGGACAAAGCCGGUCUUAUCAAAUACGAGCGUAAGUCCGGUCACUUCCAAGCUACCGAGCUGGGUCGUAUAGCCUCCCACUACUACUGCACGUACGAGACCAUGCAGAACUACAACCAGCUGUUGAAGCCCACGUUGGCUGAGAUCGAGCUGUUCCGAGUGUUCUCGCUGUCAGCUGAGUUCAAGCACAUCACUGUGAGAGAUGAGGAGAAGCUCGAGCUGCAUAAGCUAAUGGAAAGGGUUCCUAUACCCAUUAAAGAGAGUAUAGAGGAGCCGUCAGCUAAAAUAAACGUGCUGUUACAAGCUUAUAUAUCACAACUCAAGCUGGAAGGAUUCGCGCUAAUGGCUGAUAUGGUGUACGUGACGCAGUCGGCGAGCAGGCUGCUUAGAGCUAUCUUCGAAAUUGUACUACAUAGAGGUUGGGCGCAACUGGUCGAUAAGACGCUGGCUCUGUGCAAGAUGGUCGACAAACGAAUGUGGCAGUCCAUGUCACCGUUGAGGCAAUUCAGGAAAAUGCCGGAGGAGGUAAUCAAAAAGCUAGAGAAAAAGAACUUUCCCUGGGAGAAGUUGUACGAGCUCGGUCCUAAUGAGAUCGGUGAGCUUGUCCGAGCACCCAAGUUGGGGAAGAUGAUACACAAAUAUGUUCACCAGUUCCCUAAGUUAGAACUGGCUACACACAUACAACCCAUCACACGCUCCACGCUCAGGGUCGAGCUGACGAUCACUCCUGACUUUCAAUGGGAUGAGAAGAUCCACGGUCAGUCUGAAGCGUUCUGGAUCCUUGUAGAGGAUGUGGACUCGGAGACAGUGCUGCACCACGAACAGCUGCUGCUUAAGCAUAAAUACUGCCGCGACGAGCAGCACGUCAAGCUGUUCGUGCCGGUGUUCGAGCCAUUACCUCCACAGUACUUCCUUAGAGUUGUAUCAGAUCGAUGGAUUGCAGCAGAAACGCAACUCCCAGUAUCAUUCAGACACCUCAUCCUGCCAGAGAAGAAUCUGCCGCCGACAGAACUUCUGGACCUGCAACCCCUGCCGAUAUCUGCCUUGAGGAACGAGAAGUGGGAACAGCUGUACAAAGAUGCCUUCCCGCAAUUCAAUCCAGUACAAACACAGGUGUUCAACGCUGUAUAUAACUCAGAUGACAACGUGUUCGUGGGCGCUCCAUCAGGGUCAGGGAAGUCAGUCAUCGCUGAGCUGGCUCUGCUCCGCCUCCUCACACACAGCCCUGCCUCCAGAGCCGUGUACUUAGUACCACAUGAUGCUCUAGCUGAUAUAGUGUUUGCUGAUUGGUAUCACAAGUUCGGUGCUCGGUUCAAUCUGAAGGUGGUACAAUUAACUGGUGAGACGGCUACAGACCACAAGUUGAUCAACAAAGGACAAAUCAUAGUCACUACAGCUGAGAAGUGGGACGUUCUGUCUAGAAGGUGGAAGGUCCGUAAGAGCGUUCAGAGCGUGUCUCUGCUAGUAGUAGACGCGCUCCAGCUGUUGGGAGCUCAUGAGGGACCUGUACUAGAAGUUGUGUGUUCAAGGAUGAGGUACAUCGCAUCACAGACAGGUCGCCCUAUCCGUAUCGUGGCCCUAUCUCUGCCGCUGGCGGACGCGCGCGACGUGUGGCAGUGGCUCGGCUGUAAUACUAACAGCGCGUUUAACUUCCAUCCCAGUGUGAGGCCGCUACCUUUGGAGCUGCACGUUCAGGGCUUCAACAUCUCCCACGCGGGGUCCCGCCUAGCAGCCAUGACCCGUCCCAUCUACAACUCGAUCCUCCGCCACGCCGGCUCCCGUCCCGUGGCCGUGUUCGUUCCGUCGCGUCGCCACGCCCGCGUCCUUGCAGCUGACCUACUAGCACUAGCAGCUGCUCACGAUACACCUGGAAGGUUCCUUCGCGCCCGACCCGAUUUAGUCCAGCCUUUCCUAGAUAAAGUGCAAGAUAGGACUCUUAAGGAGACGCUAGCAGCUGGCGUAGCUUAUCUACAUGCUGGAGUUUGUGCUGGAGAUCGCCGAGCAGCGCUGCAACUGCUGGAAUCUGGUGCAGCUCAACUGUGUGUGGCUGCAGCUGAAUUAGCGUAUGCCUUCACCGCGCAUGUGCAUACUGUUAUUGUGGCUGAUACUAGCGUCUAUAAUGGUAAGCUGCAUUGCUACGAGCAGUAUCCUGUGACAACAGUUCUUCAAAUGCUGGGUCGAGCGUGCAGACCUCUUGAAGAUGAGCACGCGGUCGCAGUACUUAUGUGCGCGCAACAUCACAAGACGUUCUUCACUAAGCUACUCAAUGACUGUCUACCUUUAGAGAGUCAUUUGGACCAUCGUCUCCACGACCACAUGAAUGCUGAGAUAGUCACCAAGACGAUAGAGAACAAACAAGAUGCUGUCGACUACCUCACAUGGACCUUCUUAUACAGGAGACUGACGCAGAACCCGAACUACUACAACCUGCAGGGGGUCACGCACAGACAUCUCUCCGAUCACCUCUCCGAGUUAGUUGAGUCAACUCUAUCAGACCUGGAACAGUCCAAGUGUAUAGCUAUAGAAGAUGAUAUGGACCUGCAGCCUCUGAACUUGGGAAUGAUAGCAUCCUACUACUACAUAAACUAUACUACUAUAGAAUUGUUCAGCUUGUCUCUCACUUCAAAGACGAAGAUCCGAGGUCUUCUUGAGAUAAUAUCAUCAGCAGCGGAGUACGCGGAGCUGAGCGUGAGGCACAGAGAGGAGAACGUCAUUAAGGCGCUCGCUGCAAAGGUGCCUCACAAAUCCUCUUCGCCAAAUGUCCGCUACAACUCUCCUCACGUGAAAGCCCAUGUAUUACUACAAGCUCAUCUCUCAAGGAUGCAACUUCCGGCGGAACUGCAAGCUGAUACUGCAAUCGUGCUCACUAAGGCCAUUCGUCUGAUCCAAGCGUGUGUGGAUGUGGUGUCUAGCAGUGGCUGGCUGUCCCCGGCUGUAGCGGCCAUGGAAUUAGCUCAAAUGGUGACACAAGCGAUGUGGGCGAAGGAUUCAUACCUCAAACAACUGCCUCACUUCACACCGGAGCUGUUACAACGAUGUUCAGAACGUGGUGUUGAUACAGUCUUCGAUGUUAUGGAGUUAGAAGAUUCAGCUCGGACUGAACUUCUUAAAUUAACUCCGACUGAAAUGGCUGAUGUUGCAAGAUUCUGUAAUAGAUACCCGAAUGUUGAGUUGAGUUAUGAGGUGUUGGAUAGUAGGAGAGUUAGAAGUGGUGCUCCAGUUGUGUUGAAAGUGACUCUUGAACGAGAAGAUGAUGUGACUGGCCCGGUAGCAGCUCCAAGAUUCCCUCAGAAGAGAGAGGAAGGAUGGUGGGUAGUGGUCGGUGAACCGAGAUCAAACAGCUUAUUAUCCAUCAAACGGGUGCAGCUUGGAAGAUCAGCUACUUUGAAGCUGGAUUGGCUAGCUGGAGCUCCGGGAAGACAUACAUAUACUCUAUACUUCAUGAGCGAUGCCUAUUUGGGAGCAGAUCAGGAAUAUAAGUUCACCGUUGAUGUAUCAGAUGCAAGAUCUCCGGAAAAUGCUGACUGA